GUGUUUCAGAAACGCCGGACCCUCCGUCCUAUGUUUUCUCGGAUGGCUCCAUCCUCCGGAUUGGCUUCUCUUCGCUGACGCAGAACCGGCAGUGGAGCGACGGAGCUGACGUGCCGGACUACAACCUCUACAUCACGGCCGAUGACCGCGGCUGGCCCAACGCGAUGUCUCCGACGCAGGCCGCCAGCAAGUUGGGCCAAACAUAUGAGCAUUUUUAA